CGCAAUAACUUUUCUAAAAUGGUCUCUUGCUACGGAUAUUUGAGUGGAAGAACAAUGUUAUUGUUAGAAAGUUUUGGAAGCAGAUUUUCUUUUGUUGGGCUGUGGAGGAAUGUUUUAUCCAUAGGGAAAGGAACAACUAUUGGAACAGCCAAGGGUUUUCAACUAUCAACACUUACUGGUACUGAAAUACCAACAGAAAAACUGAGUGACAAUGAUGAAUUUAGCUUAGAAUUUAUUAACAGAAAUCCUCGUAAUCUGGAACAGAUGUUCUUGGCCAAAAAGCCUCAGGGAUUCGCUUUAGAAUGGCCCUCAAUAACCUACUGGCACAAAGUCCUCCUAGAAAAAUCUAGUCGUCACACGACUGCUAAGGUGAUUCACAACACCGGCAAAGUCGUUGUAUCAGUUUCAACCAGAGAAUGGAAUAUAAAGAAACAGCUUUACAGUACAACUGACGUCAGUGCUGCAGAAAAUGUGGCACGGGUAUUAGCACAGAGGUGUCUAGAAAGUGGAAUCAUGUUUGUUCACAAAGAACUCAAACCCAAGGAAGAAAAUAAUUCAAGCCUCCAGAUAUUUUUAAAGACUUUAGAAGAAGAAGGGCUAAUACUGAAAGAACCGGAACCAAUACGUGGAAGACAUUAUACCGACCUUUAGCCUAAACAAAAAUAGUGUGGUUAUUUUGUAGAGAAAUACACAUUCAUUAAGAUGUAAAUAAAUGUAUUUCUACUCAAACCUUCUGUCCAUUUUUUUUUAAUAGAAGACAUUAU